AUGUUCUUGUAUGACCAAGCGGCUUCCAUUCUAAAUGUCCUUGCGGCGUACCAAGAUGGCUAUACAAAGGACACGAUCGCGCUGACACGGUUGCUGCGCUACCAGCAGGUGUAUAGCAAGCAGUGCGACUACAGCGCCUUUCCUCGGCCUUUCCAGCGUGCUGCCCUUCCUCGUGCACGAUGCACUGCGCCACAACUGCGUGCCCGUGCUAACACACAUGCCUUUGAAGCGCAGCUCGGCUACAAGCACAUGCGUCUCGCGCUCGGCUACGGCCACGCGCCGGUCGUCGGCUUUUUCAUUUCACGCCAUUUUGCUUUGCCAAGUUUCGGGCUUCGGAUUGGAUGUGCUUGGUGCUUACGAGCAAAGUUGGUUGCAAGUCUUGUAUGUGUACCCUGA